UACACUGUCAUCAUGAGGAUUUUUGUAGUAACGUUUCUUUUCUUCUCGGCGGUUUCUGCCAAACACGAACAAUAUGCUGGUUGGAAGUCCUACUACGUAGGGCCAUCAACUACAGCAGAGUUGAAAUUAGUCGGCGUCCUAAAAGCUCAAUAUGACUUGGACUUCAUAAGCAAUCCCGCUGUUGGUCGUGAGGGAGUGGUGGUGCUCAGUCCUGAUCUGCAAGAACCAGUUACUAAGGCCCUGAAUGAUGCUGGUAUCAGCCAUAGAGUUCACGUUGAGGAUCUAAAAACAGCUUUUGACGUCGACGAUGAGAACAUCGAGAGACAAGCAAGAGUGACAUUAGCCAGAAACGGAGGAAAACGUAUGCCCUACGACAACUACCAAGAAAUAGAAGUAAUUGACAAUUAUCUCGAGGAGAUAGCCGAAAAAUACCCUGAAACAGUAACUUUGGUCAACCCAGCAAACUCAUACGAAGGACGCCCAAUCCAAUACCUGAAGAUUUCUACUACAAACUUUGAGGAUGAGAGCAAACCUGUAAUUUUUAUUGAUGGUGGUAUUCAUAGUAGAGAAUGGAUCAGUCCACCAACUGUUACUUGGGCUAUCCAUAAAUUGGUUGAAAAUGUGACAGAGCCAGAUUUGUUGGAAAAAUUCGACUUUAUAUUGCUGCCGGUUGUCAAUCCCGAUGGAUACAAAUUCUCAUUUACUACGACCCGUUUGUGGCGUAAGACGCGCUCAACUGACCAAUCCCAAAUUAGCCCAAUGUGCCCAGGAGUAGACGGGAACCGCAAUUUUGAUUUCUUCUGGAAUACCGUAGGCACUAGCUCCAUUGCUUGUGCGGACAAUUACGGUGGCAGCAGAGCUUUUUCGGAAAUUGAGACCAGAGUCGUCAGGGAUAUACUCCAUGAGCACCUUGAACGAACAGCUUUAUACUUGACAAUGCACAGCUUUGGUAGCAUGAUUUUGUACGCUUGGGGUCACAACGGAACUUUGUCAAACAACGCUCUCAAUCUUCACAUGGUAGGCGUCGGCAUGGCAGAAGCUAUUGACGAACUUUCCCUUCCACACUUCCCACGUUACCGUGUUGGUAACUCUUUUUUGGUACUUAAUUAUGGCGCUUCAGGGGCAUCAGAAGAUUAUGCUCACGCUAUUGGCAUACCUCUGGCAUACACUUACGAGCUGCCAGGUUUAUCCAUAGGCUUACAAGGCUUUAUUCUGGACCCACGAUAUAUUGAACAAGUUUGCAAAGAGACUUGGGAGGGUCUCGUAGCCGGUAUAAGAAUGGCAGGUGAACUUUAUGAUGGUGUCAUUGAUCCUUGAUUAAUGUAUUAUUAUUUCUGGAAUUAGUUAAGUACCUCCAAAAUCGUUUCUAAUUAGUAAAAAUUGUAAUCAUGGAAUAAGGGAUGAAUGAAUCUUUACAAUUAGUUUUAUACUGUUUAUUUUUUUAUUAGGUGUACAAAACAGUUUAUAUUCACUCCUUAACAAAACCUUAAUCAUUAUUACUAGUUCUACUCUAGAAUGUAAAUCUAAACAUGUCCAUACAGCAUGACCAAUCAUAGAGUAAACAAUU